CAUCCAUUACACACUAGUUAAUACAUCCUCGGAAGGCUGUUACAUCUCCUCACCUACACAUACACAUUUACAUAGAGAGAGAGAGAGAAAGAGAGAGCAUUGAAAGGGAUAAUUAAUAUUUUUUUGUUUGUUAUUGAAAAUGGAAAAUAAAGAGUGGGCUUUGUAUGGAUUAUCGAUGAUAUGAUGUUAAAUUGGGCAGGUUAUUCCAAAGCUUCAUUCUUCUUCAACUCUCAACUUUUUUGCUUUCCCCAUCUUUUGUGAGCUUCGGCAGUUUCAAAUAAUGGCAAACUCUCAAAAUGCAGAUAGCAAUGAUCUGUAUACGGCGCUAUGGAAGGCUUGUGCAGGACCUAUGGUGGAUGUUCCUUGUAGUGGAGAAAGAGUUUACUAUUUUCCUCAGGGUCACUUAGAACAAUUAGAGGCAUCUACUAAUCAGGAGUUGAACAAACAAAUUCCGAGGUUCAAUCUUCCCUCAAAGAUCCUUUGUCGCGUUUUUAAUAUUCAAUUACGGGCGGAACCUGAAACGGAUGAAGUUUACGCCCAGAUUACAUUACACCCUGAACCAGAUCAAACCGAGCCCACUAGUCCCGAUCCAUGUCCGCCUGAUCCACCAAAGCAAAAUGUUCGCUCUUUUUGUAAGGUUUUGACAGCAUCUGACAGGAGCACACAUGGAGGGUUCUCUAUUCUUCGAAGACAUGCCAAUGAAUGUCUCCCUCCCUUGGAUAUGACUCAAGCGAUCCCGAGCCAGGAUUUGGUUGCAAAGGAUCUUCAUGGUUAUGAGUGGCGAUUUAAGCAUAUUUUCAGAGGUCAACCAAGAAGACACUUACUGACGACAGGCUGGAGCACAUUUGUCUCCUCUAAGAGAUUAGUUGCAGGUGAUGCUUUUGUUUUCUUGAGGGGUGAUAACGGAGAAUUGCGCGUUGGGGUUCGACGUCUAGCUAGACAACAAAGCCCCGUUCCGACUUCAGUUAUUUCCAGCGAAAGUAUGCAUCUUGGAGUGCUUGCUUCUGCGUCUCAUGCUAUUACCACAAAAACACUAUUUGUGGUGUACUACAAGCCGAGGGCAAGCCAAUUUAUCAUUGGGCUGAACACAUAUUUAGAGGCAAUAAAACAUAAAUUUUAUGUGGGCAUGCGUUUCAAGAUGAGAUUCAAAGAAGAAGAAUCUCCAGAGAGAAGGUCGACUGGCACAGUAAUUGGUGUUGGAGAUAGCUCUACUCAUUGGACAGACUCUAAAUGGCGCUCAUUGAAGAUACAAUGGGAUGAACCCGCAACUGAGCAUUGGUCAGAGAGGGUCUCAUCAUGGGAGAUAGAGCCAUUUGUAGCUUCUGCUUCUGUUGACAUUACACAACCUGCUACAAAGAACAAAAGACCUCGACUUCUUGAUUUGCAUCCAUCUGGAACUACUACUGGUACAUUGUCUAGUGGGAUGCGGCCACCUACUUCAGUCGGGAAUACUUCUCCAAACCUGUUUCAAGAAUCAGAAUACAACAAAAAUGUAUCUGUACGAUCGAUCCUUACUAAUUAUAACUCUCCUGUCUCUGCAAGGACAAGUAAGGAUCAUUUUCUCGAUCAAGUGGACUCAAGUAAGAAGUUUGAGACUACUUCCGCGUGUCGGUUAUUUGGCAUUGAUUUGAGGAACAAUGCAAAUAAUAUUCCACCGGUUGAAAAGGAAGUGCUAGUUCCAAACAUCACUUCAAAAUGUGCUAAUGAUGUUGAUAGGAUUCACAAUCGGGACACUUUGAUAUCCUCCGAAGAAAGAAAACAUGUAGUUGAGGUGUUUCCCAAUGAAAAUCAAAGAAAGCUAAGCUCUGCUUCAUCUACAAGAACUCGUACAAAGGUACAAAUGCAAGGGAUUUCUAUUGGACGUGCUGUUGAUUUGAGUGCGUUUGAGGGUUAUGAUGACCUCAUCAGUGAGCUGGAGAAAAUUUUUGAGAUAAAGGGUGAGCUUCGCCCAAGAAACAAAUGGGGCAUAGUUUACACUGAUAAUGAAGGCGAUGUCAUGCUCGUGGGAGAUGAUCCAUGGCCGGAGUUCUGUAAGAUAGUCAAGAAAAUUUGCAUCUAUUCGAUCGGGGAAGUAAAGAAGAUGAAUCCUAGAUGCAAGUUUCCUUUGUCCUCUUUUAACAGUGAAGGCACUACAAGAAACUUAGAUUUAGAGCCAAAAUCCGCAGAGUAGAAUUUUUUUCUUCUUUUUUGUUACUUUCGAUAUGGGGUACAAAAUAUGGAAGUUGAGAGUUGCUCAUUUUUCUGGAGCUUGCUCAUUAGGUAGCGCAAGAAAACAAAGUGGACUAGGAUUAACUGCUUAGUAAUUUGGAAUACUAGAUACCCAUUAGAGAGGGAAAAAGGUUAUAUGUUUUAGUCUUAUGAAGUACUAUAUAUGAAACGAACUUUGUGACAGAGAAACUUGGUCACUUGUAAAUACAAUGUGGGUGGGGUCGGGUAUGAUUUUGUCUUCUAGAUAACAGAACUAUUUCAGUAUGUAAAGGUUGUGUACAUGUUUUAGUUAGAUACUAUUGAGGUUUGUAGCCCAAAUUCAACUAGGAUUUGCAUGGUUUGGUA